AGUAGCAUAUAUUUACAAAUAAACAUUCUCUCAUCCAUGAUUUUUUCAAUUGUCUAAGAUGAUAACCAUUCUUAUCAUACAAUAUUUGUAUAUUCUACUCAAAUAAACAAUUGUAUCAAAUUCAAAUGAAAGACAAUGUGAUCACUUAAAUAAGUAAGAAAUAUGAAGGUACGUACAAACGCACGAAUCUCCAAUAUUUUAGCACUUAGAUAUACCACUUAGAUGCAACUGUAGAUGUUUAUAUAUUUAGAGUGGUCUCCGAUCUCAACAAUAUACACUGAUCGGAGUGAUGGCAACUCUGCUCGAUAGUUUGUGUGCAGAUGUCCGCAAAGGCUCUGAUUUUGUCAUCAGUAAGAGUUUCACCCUCUGGAGUUUGAUCAAUGAGUCUUUCAAUGCAGUUGUCGAUCGCAAUUGCCCACCGCACUUCGUCGUCGACUUUUCUCUGCAGCCCGCCGCGUUCAGUCUGUGGUGCGGGCGUUGGCGUUGGCGUUGGUGUUGGCGUUGCUAUUUCAUUGGCUGCAGCAGCUUCUGCCAGGAAUAAAAUGGCAAUCACAAAUACCAUUCUCAUCGCCUGCAUAUAAUUACUCAUAAUUAUUGCUAUAUACUUCGUAUAACUCUUCGUUUUACUUUCUCCUUUAUCUUUUCACCCACCUGUUAUAAUGAAUUAUGUCUGUCCCUAAUGUGUGUGUAUAUAUAUAUAUAUAUCAGAUUAGGGGAAAGAUCAAGUACAAAGUGUGCUUAUUGUGCAAAUAUUUGUACGAUGCACCUUGACGUUAUUUGCAUUGCAUAUUGAGGUUCAAAGUAUUGCAUAUUAUAUAUACAUAAAAUAGUAGUUGCAAAUAUUAGGUUUUAUUACAAAAAUGUCACCUUGCCUUUAUAUCCUUUAGAUCAACUCAUCGGAUGGCCAAGAUAAAUUUGUACUUUGUAAAUUAAGCAAUUUGAUCUCUAUUCUAUCAGAUUAUCAGUGUACGUAUAUAUAUGUGGUGUUUUGACAAAUUAAAGAAGGUGCAUUGAAUUUGACAAAGCUUAUAAAAUGUGUUACAAAAGUUAUAUCAAGUUAAAUACACUAAUUAAUUACUAGUAGUUUAUUAAAGAGCCGUUAUUAUUAUAUGGAGGAGUAAAUAAAUUCAUCUCCAAGUCAAAUUUAAUAAUACUUCAUGUUCAUUUUGAAGUAUUAUAUAUGCUUUUACAAGGGAGUUUUUUUUUUUACCAAAAUACGGGGAACUCCCAUCUGACAAGCCAAAAUACGGGAGUUCAAAUUAGGUUACCAUAUUACGGGAGUCGGAUUUGGCAAAUCCGAGUAGGGGAGGGCUUCUGAAUUAGGGUUAUACCCUUGUCGGAAUUGGGUAAUCCGACCAGGGGAGUGGCGAUUAAUUAAAUACACACCUAGUCGGAAUUGGGAAAUCCGACUAGAUAGUAUUUUGAUUAUUUUUAAUUUUCAAAUCGGAUACGUGUUUGAUUGCAAUUCAUGUUUGGCAGCCCUCCCCUAUAUGUUAUAUUAUAAACACAUAAUAUUCUAUCAGGAAAUAUGUGAGAUAUCAUAAAAACUAAUGUUGGUAAAACCUUAUAUCGUCGGAAUUAGUGAAUCCGACUGGAUUUUUAUGGUUGUGAAGUAUUUUAUGUGUUUAAUUUGUGGUCUAGUUUUUUACCAAACUCGAACCACACCAACUCCUAUAAAAGCCGUUGAUUUGUUCUCAAAAUUAUUAAACACACUCCAAAAAAACAUCUCUCUCUUAAUAUAUUCAUUAUAUUUUCUGUUUAGGCACUCUAUUCGCAUAUAAAAGUGUCUACUGAGGGUAAUACUGUUGUUAUGGUUCAUUGGAAUGACUCUACAUCUCAAAAAGAUGAUGAAGUAGAGUACUCCAUACCUCCUACGGCGGUACUAUUCAUUAGUGAGGGAGAUGAUUUUACUAGUAUGCAUGAGAAUGUUCUAAUUCAUGUUAGAGGUGAGGGAUUUUCCGAAAUUAAAUACUAAGAAAUUUCAUCAGCAUAAUAUUACAUACCUCUCUGAUGCUUCUGCAGUUUCAGGUUUAUCUGCGUUUUUUAUCAUCUCAUACUCGGAGACUAAGUCCAUCGCUCGCUUCAAUGCUCAAAUAGAAACAACUUGCUGCUCAAAGUCUUCCUCUGUUCUUCAACUUCUUGUUGUUCUCCAACUCUACGAAGAACUCCACGAAGUUGAUAAUCGUAUGGAGGUUGUCCUCGUUUUUUGAGCUUAAAAACGACGUCUAUGAAUGCUUGCGUCGUUUUCGAACAAAUUUCAGAAGGCAAUUCAGUUUUUGAGAGAAGUUACUUUUCCGUUUUUUGAUAUGUUUAAAUCGCAGCCUUUGUUGUCGGUUAUUGCCGGUAAAACAUUGGGCCAGUUGUGUUGUGGGUUUGAUCUGUUAAUGGACUUAUAUUAAUUUGAACCACGGAUGUACAUAGGGUAGCAUAUAGGGUCUCACUUUAUCAUAUCGGAUCUCCAAAAGUUGAGUUUAUGGGGCACUGUUGCAGCAAGGUCGUCACCGACGAUGGCGUCGUCACACCGGCAGGUGGCGUCGUCACCACUGCAGCUGCCGCCGGGGACGGCCAGCGUCCCAAACCGCCUACUUCCCCGGCACCUUUUCAACAUUCAUCCACGAAUGGGAUCGAUGAGAGUCAUUCCAGCAAGAACACUCCGGCUUAUUCCUUCACCGCCAGUCCAUGGCAGAGCCCCUACCCUGCUGGCAUCGGUCCCUCUCCGUCUCCGGCUGCAACUACGAGGAGGACAUUCAAGUGGCCAUUCCCUCCCCCGUCUCCUGCAAAGCCUAUAAUGUCGGCUCUACUGAAGCGGCAGGCUCCCGCUUCAACUAGACCAAGGGGCGGGCCAAUUCCCGAGGAAAAUGGAGGCGGCUGCGGAGAGACGCAGCUUGAUAAAAGUUUCGGGAAUGCGAAAAACUUCGCGUCCAAGUAUGAACUGGGGAAAGGGGUGGGUCGUGGGCAUUUCGGUCAUACUUGUCUGGCUAAAGGAAAAAAGGGAGAGCUGAAGAAUCAACCUGUAGCUGUGAAGAUCAUUUCCAAAGCAAAGAUGACAACUGCCAUAUCUAUUGAAGAUGUUCGUAGGGAAGUGAAAAUUUUAAAAGCGUUAUCUGGACAUGAUAAUUUGAUUAAGUUUUAUGAUGCAUGUGAGGAUGCUCAAAAUGUCUACAUUGUGAUGGAAUUGUGUGAAGGAGGUGAACUAUUAGACAGGAUACUAUCAAGAGGCGUAAGAUACACAGAGGAGGAUGCCAAGGGAGUAAUUUUGCAGAUAUUAAAUGUUGUAGCCUUUUGUCAUCUUCAAGGUGUUGUGCAUCGUGAUCUGAAGCCUGAGAAUUUUCUUUUUACUAAAGGAGAUGAAGAUGCUCCCCUGAAGGUCAUUGAUUUUGGUCUAUCAGAUUUUAUCAAAGCAGAUCAACGUCUCAAUGAUAUUGUUGGGAGUGCAUACUAUGUUGCACCUGAAGUACUACAUAGAUCAUACAAUGUUGAAGCAGACAUGUGGAGUAUUGGUGUCACAACCUAUAUCCUGUUAUGUGGAAGCAGACCUUUUUGGGCACGCACAGAGUCCGGAAUCUUCCGCUCAGUACUGCGAGCAGAUCCUAAACACCAAGACUUUGACAUAAAUAUUCACGGGUAAGGAAAUCCCAACCACUAGGAGGUUGUGUGCGUGGACUUGUCAGCCAGACAUGAACAAAUCCAACGCCACUUGGUACAUGGCCGUGCCAACCACACAGCAAAUCAUAUUGGACCGUCAUCUCAGCAAUCCAGAACCCGUUUACCCAAGGCUUCGGUUCAUUCGGAGCUGCAGUGCUGCCCUGGCGCCGUCCAUAUUGAUUCAGCAGGAAGAAGCGUUUGGGGCCCCUUUUCUGGAGGUGUACGCAAUGAUAGAAGUGACCCUUUUGAUUGCUUGGAACACAUUUCCGGGAAAUCGGCCUCAUGUGGCCGGAUCCAUCAGGAAGCCCGUGGGUCAAGAGAUGGCAGUACUGGGUGAGAAUGGCAUCGUACAGGAGGCAGGUUCUACUGGCGACACAUGCUUUGGAGGAUCAAAUGUGACUAAAGGGUACAAAAACUACCCUGACGCCAAUAAAUCAGCCUCCGAAUUCAGGUGGUUACAAACUGGAGAUCUUGGAUACACUGGUUCUGAAGGGUAUUUACAUCUUGUCAGCAGGAUCAAAGAGAUCAACCGCGGAGGAGGGAAAAUAUCACCCAUUGAAGUGGAUGCUUGCUUGGUAUCCCAUCCAGAGAUUGCUCAAGCUGUUGCUUUUAGAGUCCCUGAUGAUAAGUAUGGCGAAGAGAUAAACUGUGCAAUCAUUGCAAAUGAAGGAGCAACCAUUGAUGAAGAGGUAUUGAAAUUCUGCAAGAGAUAUUUUGUGGCCUUCAAGGUUCCAAAGAAGGUGCUCUUGACUGAUGCCCCCCUAAAACUAUCACACGUAAAAUCCUUAGGAGACUUGUUGCACAACGCUUCCUUGCACAAAUCUCUAUUGCUCAGCUUCCUAGGAUAGCCUAGAAAUUGUCUUCUUUGCCGCUCAUGCCCCAAAAAUAAAGGUGGAUGGGGCAUCCUAUUUGGUCAUGUUAAAGCACUUUGAAGAACCAGCUACUAGUUGGACAGGGUCAAUUCCAUUUCAAAUCUAUAGCGGCAAUGUUCUACGAUGGGAUUUAAGAAUUCCCAGACAGGUUGUAAAAAGUUACAAAUUUUUCCUGAUGGUUCUUUACUUCUACAAUUCUGCAUAUAGAAGUCAAGAACCAGAAAAAUUACUGCCGUUAAGCCCACGGCCUAUGGCUUUCUGCACAUAUUAUGGUGAAGAUGGGCAGGAGUUGGAUUUUGAACCGCACUUGGAGGAGGAAGAUGAUAAUAAUGAAGAAGAAUUGGAAAACAAUGAAGAACACGUCAACAAUGAUGCUGGGGAAGUGGAAGAUGAUAAUAAUGAAGAAGAAUUGGAAAACAAUGAAGAACAGGUCAAGAAUGAUGCUGGGGAAGAGGAAGAUUUGAGCUGCGAAGAAUCAGAUGACGGUGUGAUGAAUGCUGUUGAAUGGGAAGCAUUCUUAGCACGACUGGUUCGUGUUGAGGUUAAUCUUAUGUUCAAGGUGUGUAGAGGGUCGUCAGCUUGUAAAAUUUUGGCUAGUGAUGCAAUUAUCUACAAAGCACUAAUUUUGGUUGUUGGUACUUCAAGCACCCACCAUAGUAUUAGAUCAUCGGACUCACUUGCUAAGUACUGUGUCAGGAAGUUUGGGAAGAGCAUCUCUGAUUCUCCGUUAUUGCUUUCAAUAAUGGUAAGGUUGUGUUUCAGAGAAUAGAAACUACUUCUAUUGGUCAGGGAUCACACAUGCUUGAUGUCCUUUGAGUUUCCCUCCAAAGGCAGAUUCAGAGGACAUUUCUUUCACACAGCUACCAUUGUCAAAUAGUGGCAAAAUGUGUACUUCUCUAGCCUUGGUACCUUAUAAUUCAAUGGAUGUGUUAGACUCAAAUUCAGGAUCAGCAUUGCUCAGAAAAGUAUUUCACAACACAAAAUAUGGUUGAGUUAUUCUUUACUUGAAAGAUAGGUAUCUUUGAGGAAUGAACUGCCAUCAACCGACACGGAGAAGGAAAACAGUGUUAUUUGAAUCAAAAUCCAGCUUUGGUGAGACACCAACACCGAUGUGAGUAAGGGUGACAUAUAGAAGAAGAAAUGAUAUGAAGCAAAACCAAAAUAACAUUAUAAACA